CUGAGGCGGUGCGAUAUUUAGCGGGAGAUCCUGAAGUUGCCGUGUGUUUGUGUUUCUCUGUUUGUUUAUGUUUAUUUAUUAAUUUAUAGCUGUGUGUGUGUCCUAUAAACUGUCAGCACUUUUACAGUAAAGGACCUAACCCACUGUACAAGAGAGUCCUGAACCCCGAAACCGUUUUCGGUCAUGUUCUCGGAUAUUACGGAGCAGAAGGAGACCCUGCUGGCUCCUCCAGGAACGGAGAGGCCGGUGUUCUCCCGGGAUGAGCGCACGUACAGCGGCUGCAGUGAGGGCUUCGGGCUGGGGGAGCGCAGCUUCCAGCGGCAGUACGCGCACAUGUACGCCGCCAGACUGAUGCAGAUGCGCGGCAUCCUGAAGGACAGAGCCGAGCAGAAGUGGGGUACUGACAUACCAAUCAAGAAGCUCUGUGAUCUGCAGAUGGGUGAACAGUGUGUGAUCGUGGGCACCAUAUUCAAGCACAUGGAGCUGCAGCCGUCCAUACUGAAGGAGAUCAGCGAGGAGCACAACCUGCUGCCCCAGCCGCCUCGUGCCAAAUACAUCAGCCAGUCAGACGAGCUGAUUCUAGAGGAUGAGCUGCAGAGGAUCAAACUGGAGGGCAAAAUCGAAACAGCCAAGUUUGUUACUGGGAGUGUGAUUGCGAUUAUGGGCGCAGAGAAGAAUGAUGGUAAAUUUACAGUAGAGGAUUACUGCUUCGCUGACCUUCCUCCACAAGCUCCCAGAGAGCCUCUGAACUCAGAUCGGUUUGUGCUCCUGGCUUCUGGCCUGGGAUUGGGUGGUAGUGGAGCAGACAGCAUGCUGGGACUGCAGCUGCUGAUUGACAUGGUCACAGGUCACCUUGGGGAUCUGGGAGAGCAGAGCGGGGCAGCUUCCAUCUCUCAUGUUCUGCUGGCUGGAAACCUUCUCAGUCAGAGCACACAGGACAAAGACUCCACCACCAAGGCAAAAUAUCUUACUAAAAAGACACAGGCCGGCAGUGUGGAGGCCAUCAGGCUGCUGGAUGAACUGCUAGUUCAGUUAGUGGCCUCUGUACCAGUCGAUGUAAUGCCAGGAGAGUACGAUCCCACUAACUACACUCUGCCCCAGCAGUCUCUACACCGCUGUAUGUUUCCUCUAUCUGUGCCUUAUCCCACCCUACAGCUUGUCACCAACCCUUACCAGGCCGUGAUGGACGGAGUCCGUUUUCUGGGCACAUCAGGUCAGAAUGUGAGUGACAUUGUGAAGUACAGCAACAUAGAUGAUCACCUGGAGAUCCUAGAGAACACAAUGCGUCUCCGCCACCUCGCCCCCACUGCCCCGGACACACUGGGUUGUUACCCAUUCUACCAGCAGGAUCCAUUCAUUAUGGCAGAGUGCCCUCAUGUGUACUUUAGUGGAAAUGCACCGGCGUACCAGUCCAAACGCAUUAAAGGACCAGAAGGCCAGGAUGUGCUGCUGGUGGCCAUUCCAGAAUUCAGCAGUACGCAGACAGCCUGUCUGGUAAAUCUGCGCACACUCGAAUGUGAGCCAAUUAGCUUCUCCACCUUCUCCACUGAGGAUGACGAUGAGGAGAUGAACAUCAGCCACUGAGCUUCCACAUAAUCCUUGCAACGUGUGCAACUUUUGUAGAAUGUUUAACAAGAAAACCCUGUUCAAAAAGCAUAUUUCUUUCAUAGAGAAUCUAUUGAAUGCUUGUUGAGACGAAGUAAGAUUUGACUCCAUGGCUGUCUUGGUCACCUUAAUAACCAUAGUUAAUGUAAGUCCAGCAGAAAUAUAUAUAUUUUUCUCUUUCACACUGCCGGUCAUAAGCUUCAGGCAGCUUUGGUAAGAGUAUUUUCAUGCUUCUGUUUUCUAUUUUUUCUUGAACAAUGUUAUUUAUGUAGCUUUCUUUCAAACAAUAAGAUACAGAAGGAACUGUCUACAUAUAAUCUCAGACUGUCUUGUCCGUACUAGACUGUCUGUAAAUGGUUAAACGACGCAGAGCACAGAAAAUAGAUAAGCCUUUAUUGGAUGGAAAAAUGACAGCCCUUUUCCCUCUAGUCAUUCAACCAUGAGGACACUUUUCAGACAAAUCGGUCCUGUACAUGAUGUCGAGUUUGACAAGUAAAGAAAGGAUUGCUUAUUUGUAUGAAAGAAAUGUAAAUAAAGUCACUUUUGUAUAAA